CAAACUUUAAGUCGGCGUGAAGCGCACUAACCUGAAUGGGAGUGAGCGCGAGCGCCUCAACACCAGCAGUUUUUAGGGAAGCCCCAAAUCAAAGUUUAUCAAUGAGAGGCGGACUGAGAAUGGGAAUCUGAGAUUGAUCCUAUAUGACGUGGUUGUCGAGGGCGAUAUCGUUCGCGUUUCUAAAAAGUAUUUUAGACUCUUAAUUUAGAAACGUAACCGUGUAGUCGUUUCAUUGCAAAAUAAUGGAUGAAGAACUGUUGAAACACAACCAAUAUAUGGAUUAUAGCUUUGGUUCUCUCUCACAAAUUUUGGAAUGAAACCAGUCAUUCUGCAGUCCCCCUUUGGAACGGUUUUAUGUCUAAUUUGGCUCCACUGUAAUGUAUUCUCACUCUGAACUCGGAUUUGCGUUUUAGGAUAUUUUGGAAUGUUCUCGAGGUGGAUUUCGCCGGGUUCAGUUCGGUUAACUUUGCUUCUGGGGACGCUCAGUUUGCCAAUAAUAUUUGCAUUUUGUUCUGAACUGAAAGUGCGAGUUCGUUUAGCUGAUGGGCAGAUCACAGAAGAGGUUCUUGAAGCAGACAGUGAAAAAGACUGUAUCUCACUGGAGUUCAAACAAGGAGAUGGAACUCUCAUAACAUUUAUUGCUGAUUUUAAACAGGAUGUGAAGAUCUUCCGGGCGCUGAUCCUGGGUGAGCUGGAGAGGGGGCAGAACCAGUAUCAGGCUCUUUGUUUCAUCACACGACUCAGCCACAAUGAGAUUAUACCCAGUGAGUCUAUGGCCAGACUCCGCCAGAAAAACCCUCACGCCAUCCGAACGGCGGAAGAGAGACGGGGUGUGGAACAGCUGACCGUGAAUGUGGCAGUCAACCUGACGCAGGCAAUGCAACUCAGCUCACACAUCCACAACAUGUGCAGCGUGGCAAAGGAGGCCAUCUACACGCGAGAAGCUGAUGUCAAAUACUGGUUGGACCGAGGUGUAGACGGCUCCAUGUUUGAGAUCUUACCCCAAGCCGUGGAUAUGCCAGGCCUUCAGAGCUGCUUGUCCACCAAGGACCUUUGGCAGCCUUGUUCCUGCAACUACCGUCUGCGUCUGGAGUGGUACCCCUGUCUGCUAAAGUACUGCCGCAACCGCGACACCACGGGUCGUGGAAAUCCUUACAAGUGUGGCAUAAAGAGCUGUAGUAAAGGGUACCACUUCACCUACUAUGUUCCCCACAAACAGCUAUGUCUUUGGGAUGAGGAGACCUAGACUCACACGCCACCCACCGCUUCUCAAGUGAUGAUGGGGUUUUUUUUUCACCUUGUUGAUCUUUUGUGAUUAUCACAGUGGGUUUUGGUUUAAUUCCUUGACCUGUGAACUCCACGCUGCUGGGGAGAAGACAGACACGGGUAAUGCGUGACCCCUUCAAUGGGACGUUUCUUGUGGAAGAGCAGAUAAGAGGAACCCUACUGCAGUGGCAAGAGGAAAAAUAAUCUCAUGUGACUAUGUCUAUGUGAGCAACUUGUUUUGUUUUGUUUUUUUGUUGUUUUUUUUUUGCCUCUGCAGCAAGUUUUCAUGUUCAAAUGCUGGAAUUUCUUAGCUGUUUCCCCUUAGCAUCUGGAUUUUCAGAUCUUUUUUGAAACGUAUAACCAUAAAAUACAGACCAUGGCAAGUUUGGAACACAUGCACUGUGAAUCAGUCAGUGCUGCCAAGAGGUCUAAUCUGUUUGGAUUACAUUUUUUUUUUUUUUGUUAAAUUGGUAUUAUUUAUUUUUGUGCGAUUUGAAAUUAUUGAAGAAUUUUUUUAUGCCACGCAUACAUCUUGACAAGAAUUUGUUUUGCCACCAUAAGGUUGUACUAUGAUAGUAAUAAUCUCAUUAUAUUAGAUUUAGGCUGUUGUAUUUUGUUUGGGGUUUUUUGCAUAUUGAUAUCAGCUACGGAUUAACACACUUUGAUUUCAUUACAACAUCUUAAAUCGUCUUUUCUUAUCUGAACACUUAGGACCUCUUGUUCUUCAUGAAUGUGUGUAUGUGUGUGGGUAUGUGUGUGUUUGUGUGCGC